GUGGUCAGCAUAGAUAUGCAAAUUCAAAUGAGACCUUUCAUUUACAGGCCUUUAUAGGAUUGCUAACAGCAUUUUUAUUUUAGGUUCUGUGGACCCUCUUCUGUGGGAUAUUUUACCUCCUGAGUUAUUAACUGAUUGCAAUGUUGAGAAUCGUUCAAGCACUGAUCGUUGGUUUUUCGAGGAUUUGCCCGUACUGCCAGUGGGCGACUGCCCUCCGCUACACGGAGGCAUUUGUGAACAGUACGUAAAGACAGUGGACCGCGAUCCCGUCGACGAUUCACGCUCACCGACAAAGCACUCCGACUGUUCUAAUAAGCACCCCGUGGAAGUUGAAGAGGCUGAGACUCCCGUUAUGCCAUCAAGAAGCAGAGUGCAGAUACUGAAGCGCUUGGAUCACCCUUAUGAAUUUGGAGCAAAUUUACAACCGACUAACAUCGAAUUGAAGCUACAUCUGGAUGCGGAGGUUCGUGGCGACAAAACCGAACGCGGCCUGAGCAACCCUUCGUCGUACUUGAACCCGUGCCGCAGUAGCAACUCGUCCGGCCACUUGAUGUGCAAUUUUUGUGGUGUAGCGUAU